AUGCUUGAUCAGAAUACAAGUGGUCCUGACAUUGGGCUACCCAUCAAGGCCAAGAACAUGAACUCGGAGAUUUUUGAUUUUGUUUCAUUCAGGGGAAUCUAUGCACAGGCGAGAGAUGUGCCAGGGCAUCCGAAACCCUUUGCGCUUCGUCUCAAGUAUCAAAGUCCAUUUCAGUCUAGGCAAAAAUGGAGUGAAAACCCAGUAAACACCUAA